GGCAAGAUUCAUGACAAUAAAUGCUCACCAGACCCCCUGUGAUUUCACAAGAAACGAAACAUAGAGAAUCCAUUUGCGGAAGUGCAGUUUUCAUUACAUUAGCAAAUACUUCCACCCCUGUGGCUAUAUAAGCAGUGGAAUUUCAUAAGGGUUUUAAAAGAACCACGACGCACACAGCAAGACACAAGAGGUAAGACAUUUGAGAAUCAGAAUGUCAUCUAUGGAAAAGCCUAAAUUAACUAUUGUCCUCAGUGCUGCAUAAACAAUACUGUUUGAUUAUAUUAGAUAUACUUGAUUGUGUCUUGUACACAUACAUUUACUUUAUGUAUAGAAAAUGGACUCCGUUAAAAAUCAACAAAAUGUGAUAUGAUGUCUUAUCAAUACAAUGUAUGGAGUGGAAAUAGCACAGUGCAUUGUAGACUGUAUGAUCCAGUUGCCUUACUGAAUGCAGGUAUUUGAAGUGAAGCAUUAGAUUUUUUGCAGAUACAGCAUUACUUGUAUUUUUGUGUAGAAUAACAUUUUCCUAUUUUAGUACAAAAAAAAUUGCAUCAGCUAAAACGAUUAAUGGUGGUUCUUAUUGUUGGGGAAGAUGGUAUAAUAUAUAGACAUUAAAGCUUUAUGCCAAUGGUUUUGCUAAUGGACGUUGUGAGGUGGGCAUAUUUAAGCAUGAAACACACUGAGAAUCGCACUGCCGAUAACAGUGGGAGGCCGUUCCUUCUCUUGCUAGAACAAACGCGGUACGUACUGCGUACUGACCCGGUAGCGACGAACCUGCCGUUUCAACUUGUAGAAUCGCAAUGCUUGUCAGUAUCAAACAACUUUCGCAAUGUUCGUCAGUGUCCAACAACUUGACUUUGAGCCAAUCAGAGAGCCACAGGAGUGACAACAAACAGGAAAAAGAGGCAUCCACGGUUAAAUGUCAUGAGCCAGUCACACUCCAUAUACAGUGCCAUGAAAAAGUAUUUGCCCCCUUUCUAAUUUUCUCUACGUUUGCAUAUUUCUGAUUGUGAAUGUUAGCAGAUCUUCAACCAAAACCUAGUAUUAGAUAAAGGAAACCUGAGUGUACAAACAACACAACAAUGACAUACUUAUUUCAUUUAUUUCAUAAACCAAGUUAUGCAACACCCAAUGGCCCUGUGUGAAAAAGUAAUUUCCCCCACUGGUUGUGCCACCUUUAGCUGCAAUGAAUCCAACCAAACACUUCCUGUAGUUGUUGAUCAGUCUCUCACGUCACUGUGGAGGAAUUUUGGGCCCACUCUUCCAUGCAGAACUGCUGUAACUCAGCGACAAUUGUGGGCUUUCAAGCAUGAACUGCUCGUUUCAAGUCCUGCCACAACAUCUCAAUUGGGAUUAGGUCUGGACGUUGACUAGGCCAUUCCGAAACUUCACAUUUGUUGCAUUUUAGCCAUUUUCAUGUAGACUUGAUUGUGUGUUUUGGAGUAUUGUCUUGCUGCAUGACCCAGAUGUGCUUCAGCUUCAGCUCACAGACGGAUGGCCUGACCUUCUCCUGUAUAUUAAACUGAUACAGAGCAGAAUUCAUGGUUCCUUCUAUUAAGGCAAGUCGUCCAGGUCCUGAGGCAGCAAAGCAUCCCCAAACCAUCACACCACCACCACCAUGCUUGACCGUUGGUAUGAGGUUCUUAAUGUGGAAUGCAGUGUUUGGUUUUCAGCAGGCAUAAUGGAACCCAUGUCGUCCAAAAAGUUAUACUUUUGGAUCAUCUGUCCAUAGAACAUUCUUCCAAGAGUCUUGAUGAUCAUCCUUGUGCUUCCAGGUGCUUUUUGGCAAACUUGAGUCAACUUUUUGGACAACAUGGGUAACAUUAUGCCUUUGCUGUGUAAACACAAAAUAAACUGCCUGCCUACACUCUGUUUAGAGGUGCUAAGUACUGUCGGCAGGCAGUGAUGUAAAGUACUUAAGUAAAAAAUAAGUCGUUUUUUGGGGUAUCUGUACAUUACUUUAUAUUUAUUUUGACUACUUUUACUUUUACUUCACUACAUUCUUAAAGAAAAUUAUGUACGUUUUACUCCAUACAUUUACAGUGACACCCAAAAGUACUUGUUACAUUUUGAAUGCUUAGCUGGACAGGAACAUUUUCUAAUUCACACACUUAUCAAGAGAACAUCCCUGGUCAUCCCUACUGCCUCUGAUCGUGCGGACUCACUAAACACAUGCUUUGUUUGUAAAUGAUCUCUGAGUGUUGGCGCAUGCCCCUUGGCUAUUCAUCAAUUUAAAAAUCAAGAAAAUGAUGCCGUCUGGUUUGCUUUAUAUAAGGAAUUUGAAAUUAGUUAUACUUUAACUUUAACUUUUGAUACUUAAGUAUAUUUUAGCAAUUACAUUUACUUUUGAUAUUUAAGUAUAUUUAAAACCAAAUACUUUUAUACUUUUACUAAAGUAGUAUUCUACUGUGUGACUUUCACUUUUACUUGAGUCAUUUUCUAUUAAGGUAUCUUUACUUUUACUAAAGGAUGAAAAUUGCAUACUUUUUCCCACCACUGUCAGCAAACGGUUUUACAAUCCUACCGGUGUGUCUGAGCUAUAAUUAGGGGACCCAUGUUGCCUCAAGAGCACCCCCAGAGGCAAAAGUUCUGUAUAGCCUAUUUAAUAUGGUUUAUACCAUAAGGCAAAAACUGGACUGUAUGAUUCCUCUUCCAUUUCCCUCUUUUUCUAUUGCUUAUCUGUUUGUCAAUUUCCCAAGCUGGCUGGUGAAAAUGCAGAAGCGUGGAAUCACUCUGUGGCUGCUGUUGCUUCUCCAUGUCCCUGGACUAGACUCUGCAACAUGGAAUCUAUUCAGUGAGUUCAAUUUAGCCUGGUUUGUACUGUGUUGUCAACUCCUACAGUCAUUGGCAUGCCAAAGGCCAUGGCCAUACAGCACAAACAGAUCUGGGACCAGGAUAAGUUCAGUUAGCCAAAGGCACAAUGAAAUCUGAUAUUCCCCUAUCACAAUUAAGUAAUGUUAGUUUGUGAAUGACAAUGACAUGAUGUUUUAAUAGCAGACUUUCCAAUGAAUCAGGAAUAGGCCAAUCAUGUAGUGUACUCCUCAAGUUCCUGUUUGCAAAACACAAACAAGUUGGUUCAUGCUUUGUACUGUAGUCUAAUAGAAAUGUAAGCAAACAGCAUAGUUGCAUAAAUCUGUGGUCGGUUGUAGCUCAUCAGUCCAAUUUUUAAACUGACUAACUUAAAAUCCUCACCCUCUCUGUGCUCACAGGUAAGUCCUCGACAGAGCCCCCACAGGAGGGUGAGGUGAGGCUGGUGGGGGGUAAACAGGACUCAGAGGGUCGAGUGGAGGUGUACCACGAGGGGAAAUGGGGGACCGUCUGUGACGAUGGCUGGGACCUGGCCGAGGCUCAGGUGGUGUGUCGUCAGCUGAAGUUCCCUGGCGUUAUAUCUGCUGUCACUGGAGGGACUUAUGGAGAGGGUGAGUAUCUUACAAAGGGUCAUGUUCAUUAGGCACCAAAUGGAAGAAAAUGGACUGAAACAGGGAGGGACUACCUGGGUCGUAUUCACAAGGCACAAAAUGGAAGAAUGAAACAGAGUGAAAUGGGGAGGUACUAUCAGAUCUUGUGCAAUAAGGAAUGCUCCUUUUCAUUUUCUGUCAGCACAACAAUUUGAAACCUUUUGCUACAGUUUGCCUGAUGAAUAUGACUCCUUGCAUGAGUUUGCCAAAAGGAGGCAGUGGAAAAAUAUAAGUAUUAGUAGCAUUGUCAAUAACUCUGAAUCCCAAAUCAAACCUCAGCAACCCCUACCCCCUAGGGACUUUUGUAAAAAUAUGAGAGGAUUGAAUAAGCGUUAGCAAUAUGAUGACAAGGAAUUUGGGAUUCUUGGAGGGAGCAAGUUCAAAUAGGCAGUGAUUUGUGGGAAUGGCAGGCAGCACCAGCAGAAAGAGUCAACUAACAUAAUUUUAUACACCACAAUAUAAUAUUUUGCAUAUUUCUGCACAUGAUUUUGCUUGCUCUUUGUUUAUCCUCUGUUUUGUGUAUCCAAGGAUCGGGUUCAAUCUGGUUGGAUGAUAUGAACUGCAAAGGAACCGAGAAGUCCCUGUCCAGCUGUCCUUUCAAGGGCUGGGCGUUGACCGACUGUUCCCACAAGGAGGACGCAGGGGUCGUUUGUGAGAGAGGUACUACACUUUUCCCUGAUUCCUUUGCUCCUAGCUCCUCGUCUCCUGCUGAAAAGUCUCCACGCCUCCUUCUCAAAACGGCAGAGAUGUUUUUAGGAGGUGAGUUAAGAGGAUGCAAGGAAUUGAGGAAAAUACAUUUGAGAUUCACCCAGUGUGUCACGAUCGUUUACGAACGAGAAGGACCAAGGCGCAGCGUGAUAAGCAUACAUGUUUAUUUAACGAAUAAACACCACGACAAAACAACAAACGAAACGUGAAGUCCAAGGUAGCAUACACACAACAUACCUUACACGGAACAAGAUCCCACCACUAACUGGUGCCAACAGGCUGCCUAAGUAUGGUCCCCAAUCAGAGACAACGAGCAACAGCUGCCUCUGAUUGGGUACCACACAGGCCAACAUAGAUCUACACAUUCUAGAUCUUAAACAUAGAACAUCGACAUAGCAAACACAACACAGAAAAUACACACCCUGACUCAACAAAUACAAGUCCUCAGAGUCAGGGCGUGACAGUACCCCCCCCCCCCCCCCCAAAGGUGCGGACUCCGACCGCGCCACAUAAACAUAACAGGGUAGGGGCCGGGUGGGCAUUCCGCCUCGGAGGCGGAUCCGGCUCCGGGCGUGACCACCACUUACUCUCCACCUCCCUGUUGCGCCCCUGGUCUGGUCUGGACCUCGGCGCGCUGCUUCCCCUCUCCUUCCUCCCACGACGUACCAAGCCCUGUCUGGACCCUGGUGUGGGAGACCCCGAACCUGGAGAGGGGCUGACGUCUGGGUCUGGACUGGAACCACUGACUGGAGCUGGACCCGACGACGGUGGAUCGAACUGCUCUGGCUCCGGAGUGGAGCCGCUGACCGGAGCUGGACCGGACACUGGUGGAGCGGAUUGCUCUGGCUCCGGAGUGGAUCCGCUGACCGGAGUUGGACCGGACCCUGGUGGAGCGGAUUGCUCUGGCUCCGGAGUGGAGCAGCUGACCGGUGCCGUACCAGGCACCGGUGAAACAGGCACGGGCCGUGCCGGACUGGACACACGCACCACUGGCUUGGUGCGGGGAGCAGGAACGGGCCGGACCGGGCUUGCGACGCGCACCACUGGCUUGGUGCGGGGAGCAGGAACGGGCCGUACCGGACUGGCGACGCGCACCACUGGCUUGGUGCGAGGGGCAGGAACAGGCCGGGCCGGGCUGGCGACGCGCACCACAGGCUUGGUGCGAGGGGCAGGAACAGGCCGGGCCGGGCUGGCGACGCGCACCACUGGUUUGAUGCGAGGGGCAGGAACAGGCCGGGCCGGCCUGGCGACGCGCACCACAGGCUUGGUGCGAGGGGCAGGAACAGGCCGGACCGGGCUGGCGACGCGCAUCACUGGUUUGGUGCGAGGGUCAGGAACAGGCCGGGCCGGGCUGGCGACGCGCACCACUGGCUUGGUGCGAGGGACAGGUACAGGCCUGGACCGGGCUAGCGACGCGCACCACUGGCUUGGUGCGAGGGACAGGAACAGGCCGGACCGGGCUGGCGACGCGCACCACUGGCUUGGUGCGAGGGGCAGGAACAGGCCGGACCGGGCUGGCGACGCGCACCACUGGCUUGAUGCGAGGAGCAGGAACGGGCCGGACCGUACUGGGAACACACACCACUGGCUUAGUGCGGGGAGCAGGAACGGGUCGGGCCGUACUGGGAACACGCACCACUGACUUAAUGCGGGGAGCAGGAACGGGCCGGACCGGACUGGCGACACGCACCACUUUCUUGGUGCGAGGAGCGGGACUGGGUUCCUUUAUAAACCCCCGCUCCUUCUGCUGCCUAACCAGCUCCUCUCGCCGUGCCUCUACACUCUCCUUCUCCCUUAUCGCCUCCUGUAGCGCCUCCCUCUGACCUAAUAACUUCUGCUCCCUCUGAACCAAUAGCCCCCUUAACCUGGUGGCCUCCUCUCCUAACCUGCAGAUCCGCCCUGUCGCUGCCUCCUGCUGCCUCGUCGUCCACACCGUGUGCCCCCCCAAAAUUUUUUUAUUGGGGUUGCCUCUCGGGUCUCCGUCGUCGGCACUGUUGGCGCCGUUUCUCCUCUCCUACCUGGGCAUCCUCCUUCAUCGCCUUCCGGUAGCGGACGGCCUCCUCCUCCGUGAUUCUCCCCCAACCGAGGAGGACAUCUACUAACGUAACCUCCUGUUUAAUUCCCGGCGUUUGCUCCUGAACACGCUGCUUGGUCCUAUUUUGGUGGGAUCUUCUGUCACGAUCGUUUACGAACGAGAAGGACCAAGGCGCAGCGUGAUAAGCAUACAUGUUUAUUUAACGAAUAAACACCACGACAAAACAACAACCGAAACGUGAAGUCCAAGGUAGCAUACACACAACAUACCUUACACGGAACAAGAUCCCACCACUAACUGGUGCCAACAGGCUGCCUAAGUAUGGUCCCCAAUCAGAGACAACGAGCAACAGCUGCCUCUGAUUGGGAACCACACAGGCCAACAUAGAUCUACACAUUCUAGAUCUUAAACAUAGAACAUCGACAUAGCAAACACAACACAGAAAAUACACACCCUGACUCAACAAAUACAAGUCCUCAGAGUCAGGGCGUGACACAGUGUGUCUGCAGACUCUGUUUGACCAAGGUUAGGGAAGAAACAUACAUUUUAACCCAUAAAAACUACACAAGGUUAUUUUCCUGGUUAAAUAAAGGGAUGAAUUAAUGAAUUAAUACAUGUUCCUAACUUCACUGAAACUAAAAGACACACUAUCAGCCCUACAUAUUCCUACUAAUCAUGUACAGUCCUAAUCAUGUGCAUUCCUCAUACUGUACAGGCACAGAUUUGACCAGUGACACAGCCCAUUUCCUGGACCACAGUCUGGGCCUGUCAGAUGACCUGGGCGAGUUGUUUGACCGUGGGGAUGACUGUGACAUCAUCAUCGCAUUCCAGAGCCCCACAGGGAACAGAGACGGGGAGGGGAAGUUAGAGGUGGAGGAAAGGAACAUCUGCACCCACAAACUGAUCCUCUCUCUCUACCCACACUUCAACAUCACCAAUGGGUCCAGUAGCCUCUCCGUAGAGAUUAGCCAAGCCUGCAGCCCCCAUGUCACCAGCUUCAUCAGGUACUAGUCUAUGAACCUUAACAGGUGCUAUUUAGAUAUACUGUAUGUUUAUUGGAUUAAAUACAUACACAAGAAUGUUGUACAGUGAGGGAAAAAAGUAUUUGAUCCCCUGCUGAUUUUGUACGUUUGCCCACUGACAAAGAAAUGAUCAGUCUAUAAUUUUAAUGGUAGGUUUAUUUGAACAGUGAGAGACAGAAUAACAACAAAAAAAUCCAGAAAAACGCAUGUCAAAAAUAAUUAUAAAUUUAUUUGCAUUUUAAUGAGGGAAAUAAGUAUUUGACCCCUCUGCAAAAUAUGACUUAGUACUUGGUGGCAAAACCCUUGUUGGCAAUCACAGUGGUCAAACGUUUCUUGUAGUUGGCCACCAGGUUUGCACACAUCUCAGGAGGGAUUUUGUCCCACUCCUCUUUGCAGAUCUUCUCCAAGUCAUUAAGGUUUCGAGCCUGACGUUUGGCAACUCGAACCUUCAGCUCCCUCCACAGAUUUUCUAUGGGAUUAAGGUCUGGAGACUGGCUAGGCCACUCCAGGACCUUAAUGUGCUUCUUCUUGAGCCACUCCUUUGUUGCCUUGGCCGUGUGUUUUGGGUCAUUGUCAUGCUGGAAUACCCAUCCACAACCCAUUUUCAAUGCCCUGGCUGAGGGAAGGAGGUUCUCACCCAAGAUUUGACGGUACAUGGCCCUGUCCAUGGUCCCUUUGAUGCGGUGAAGUUGUCCUGUCCCCUUAGCAGAAAAACACCCCCAAAGCAUAAUGUUUCCACCUCCAUGUUUGACGGUGGGGAUGGUGUUCUUGGGGUCAUAGGCAGCAUUCCUCCUCCUCCAAACACGGCGAGUUGAGUUGAUGCCAAAGAGCUCGAUUUUGGUCUCAUCUGACCACAACACUUUCACCCAGUUCUCCUCUGAAUCAUUCAGAUGUUCAUUGGCAAACUUCAGACGGGCAUGUAUAUGUGCUUUCUUGAGCAGGGGGACCUUGCGGGCGCUGCAGGAUUUCAGUCCUUCACGGCGUAGUGUGUUACCAAUUGUUUUCUUGGUGACUAUGGUCCCAGCUGCCUUGAGAUCAUUGACAAGAUCCUCCCGUGUAGUUCUGGGCUGAUUCCUCACCGUUCUCAUGAUCAUUGCAACUCCACGAGGUGAGAUCUUGCAUGGAGCCCCAGGCCGAGGGAGAUUGACAGUUCUUUUGUGUUUCUUCCAUUUGCGAAUAAUCGCACCAACUGUUGUCACCUUCUCACCAAGCUGCUUGGCGAUGGUAUUGUAGCCCAUUCCAGCCUUGUGUAGGUCUACAGUCUUGUCCCUGACAUCCUUGGAGAGCUCUUUGGUCUUGGCCAUUGUAGAGAGUUUGGAAUCUGAUUGAUUGAUUGCUUCUGUGGACAGGUGUCUUUUAUACAGGUAACAAGCUGAGAUUAGGAGCACUCCCUUUAAGAGUGUGCUCCUAAUCUCAGCUCGUUACCUGUAUAAAAGACACCUGGGAGCCAGAAAUCUUUCUGAUUGAGAGGGGGUCAAAUACUUAUUUCCCUCAUUAAAAUGCAAAUCAAUGUAUAACAUUUUUGACAUGCGUUUUUCUGGAUUUUUUUGGUUGUUAUUCUGUCUCUCACUGUUCAAAUAAACCUACCAUUAAAAUUAUAGACUGAUCAUUUAUUUGUCAGUGGGCAAACGUACAAAAUCAGCAGGGGAUCAAAUACUUUUUUCCCUCACUGUAUGUCUUAAAGGGGAAGCUCUGUCGUAGCCGGCCGCGACCGGGAGACCCAUGGGGCGGCGCACAAUUGGCCCAGCGUCGUCCAGGGUAGGGGAGGGAAUGGCCGGCAGGGAUGUAGCUCAGUUGGUAGCGGUGGCUAAAGUAAGCUGAAGUUUGUACUGGCUGUUUUAAAGAAAACCUAACCAUGGAUUACAAUUUGUCCUGGCCCAUAGACUAAUUUCAUCCAACAUGAAGUUGUAAAAUGCAGAAUUUACCGCACCGUACAACCCAAAAUCCAAAUGUGUCAGAGAAUUUUAGACCUCAAAAGUAGACUGUAAAGAUGAAUCCAUGUCUCGUUGCAUCAAUUGUGUAGAUCCAGGGUGAUUGUGCCUUACUUAAAGCACAGUUUCUCUCUAUCCAACACCACUGGCUGAAUGUCCUUUUUAGCUAUGAUAUCUCCUAAAUUUUUUUGAAUAAAAGUUAAUUUAUUUAAAUGUCCUUGCUCUGGUUCUCUAGGUACCUUUACACCCGCAAGAUCGACGUGACCGUCUCCUCCGCCCAGUGCCUCCACAAGCUGGCCUCAAAGUUCGGGGUGAAACGGCUGAUGCAGGACACCGGCAGGCUCUUCACUGUACUCCUCCCUGAGGACCCCUCCUUCCACACCCAGGCCUCUCUGUACCAGUACUCUGUCCAGACCGGGGACCUGCUGCUUAAGGAGAACUGCCUCCAGUACCUGGCCUGGAACUGCGAGGCUCUGAUCAACUCCCCGGCCUGGAAUGACCUCUCCACAGACUUCCUGAUGGCCCUCUUGGCACGCUCUGACCUAGUGAUACCGGACGAGGGGUUCCUCCUGCAAGCGCUGGAGAGUUGGAUCAUAGAGAAGGGUGACUCGACUGGCACCAAGAGCCAGGUGGCCCUGUUAGGCCACAUCCGCUUCCCGAUGAUCCCCACUGAGAAGCUCUACAACCUGCAGUUUACCUCGGAGCUCUACAGGAGCCACGAGAAGCUCUAUCGUGUCAGCAUGCUCAGAGGCUUCCAGUUCAACGCCUUGUCGUUCGAAACUCUGAGGAAGCACAAAAGCAGCGAGAGUGAAGAAGAGCACGAUUACUAUCCCAGGAUCUACACUGCUGAGCCAUGGAGCUUCACCAUCAACUCAACCAACAAGGAGCCACCACGCCAAGAUAUUCGAUAUGAUUAUAACAGGCGCUACAGCCACUACCAAAUGUAUUACCCCACUCCAGCCACAGAUUAUGGCAAGUCAUUCACCACACCAAACCACAAUAGUGUGAUUUACCAGACCAAAGGCACCAACCCCCUCAGUUGGUCAGCAAGAGUCUUUAAGAACCAACAAGAAUGUUCUAGGUGUAUUUCCUUCCCCACUGCCAGCCUCUCUCUCCAAAGCAGCCUUAGACACCAAAACCAGACCAACAGUGUUCGCUUCAGCAACCGACUGCUCCUAACAUGCGAGGGCAGGUAUGUCUUUCACGUACAGGACUUCAAGAACAACAUGGCCCAGAUCCCUACUAACAUCAGUCUGGCCCUGUCCUACCCCUGUCCUAAAGGCCAGUAUGACUUUCGGUUCGUGGUGAGACCAGAAUACAUCUGAUAGCACUGCCUGGCACAGAUGCAACAAUGUUCCUAACACACAUCCAAAAAUCAAAUAAUGAUGUCCCUGUUGCCAAUCAAUUGCUUAUUUUUUUCUAUACAAUAGUUUGAAAUUAUGGUACUGUAGUUUUGGAAAUAUGUGAUUGAUUUGAUUAUAACCUUUUGUUGAUUUGCUGAAAGCAAGUAUUAAGCAAAAACUAUAACAUCUAUGCUUGCACUUGAAUAAAGG